AUGGCGAAGCGGCUGCGUGAGGCGGCGCCGUGGGCGGACUCGCCAGGCUCGCCGGCGAGCAGCCUGGACGACGGCUGCCUCAUGCAUAUCUUCAGCUUCCUCUCCCCGAUCCCAGAUAGGUAUAACACCGCCCUCGUUUGCCACAGAUGGCGCUACCUUGCAUGCCAUCCUCGGUUGUGGUUGCGUGUUGAGAGGCCACUUAGAAAUGUAACGGAGCCUGGAGUUUAUACGACUCUUGCGGCUGCUGUUUCUGCUGCUAGGCCUGGUGACACUAUUCUAAUUGCUGCCGGUAGCACCUAUCUGGCAUGCAAUAUCCAAAUAAAGAAGCCUCUUUGCAUUAUUGGCGGAGGUGAGCUUCCUGAUGACACUAUAUUAACAUGUUCCCGUGGGUCUGAGAAUGCCUUGGAGUUCCUAUCCACCUGCAAGAUUGCGAACCUCACUAUUAAGGCAGAGCUGGGAUGCUGCUUGCUUCAUCGAAGCGGCAAGUUGACUAUUGAGGAAUGCUUGCUGCAGUGCGAGGAAAAUCCUCUGGACUAUCUGUCCUUCCCUAUAGUUAGCACAGCGAUCGAAUUCAAUUCUCUAUCGUCGCUCAAGGAGCAAGGACAUGGCCUGACUGUCGUUCGCACCCGGAUCGAAGGGGGUGCGAAAGCUAUCAGAACCAACGGAACCCUAGCAUUGCAGCAUGUGCGGGCCAUCUACGCCCGUAGCUCUGUUUUCUUCUGGUUCGAAGUAGGAGAAACGUAGGGAUUCUCUGUAAACUAAUAAGCUUUUGUAUUAUGUAUCAAAACUAGUGUUCUGCAAACUGUUGUCUGUUGUAAACUAUGAUGAUAGAUUGUACUUGACAUUUGAAUUAUCAAGGGCAUGUUGUCCUUUGCAAGUGAA